AUCGCUACAGUAACAGUUGUGUCAUGGCUACCUCACUACGAAUGGAAAUGUCAAAACAAAUCAAUUAGCUACAUAAUGUCUAAUAAAGGAGCGAUAAAAAAGACUUACGAUUCAAAAAAUGCGUCCACACAUAAUUUACAAAAAAAAUCAAAAACUCUCAAAUCUAGAGAAACUUCCGAUCAAACUUCAAAAUCCGACAAAGAAAAAGAAAUUCAUCGAAUUACUCAAAAUGCAAGUGAAGAUUCAAAAUCAAUAACAGAUCGCAAUGUGAUUACCAAUUCAUCAAUGAAAAAGACUUCAUUUAGGAAUAAUAACACAAUUUCUCAAUCAAAAUCAAUUGUUAAAAAUGAGACGACAAAAUCUAAUUCAACAUCGUCUCGAAAAUCUGUAAAUAGUAGUAGAACAACUAAAGUAAAACCUCAAAUUGAGACACAAAUAUCGAAACAUGCAAGACAAACAGAAAGUAGUAGAUCUAAGGAAAAAAUAAAAUCCAUUAUCUCGGAAAAACGAGGUACAAGCACACUUUACGUGCCAGAAAGUAAUACCAGUAAACUUAAAUCUUUAACAGCGAAACAAUCGUCAGAUUCAAAAGUUUUACCAUCCAGAAAAUCUCAUGAUAAAAAAGAUAUUCUCAAGGAAAGUAAAAGUAAGAGAACAUCUUCUCGAGAACGAAGAAAAUCGAGAACUUUAAGUCCAAGUGAAGUGAAAGUUUUGCAUUCAACAAUUGCAAUUCAAAAUCAAAACAUCGAUGGUGCAACAAAAUUGAAUUCAGAUGAAGAUUUUGACUAUGAAGAUGAUUUUGAAAGCUAUGAAUCAGAUUUUGAGGAAUGCACAGAUAGUAAUAAUUCUUUAAUUAGCGAAGAGGCUGACGAAUCUAGAGACAGUCCUCUUUUAGAACCAAUUGAAAUGAAAACACUAGAGAGGAAAAGAGUUGUGAGCAGUUAUGAAGUUCGCAAAACUGAAGAAGAGCGGAUGUUAGACUCGGGUCAUUAUGAACUAGCUGAAGCUAGAAAGAGAGCAGCGAGAAUUGAAUCAAUGGCAAUUGAUUCAACGUCAAUCAGUCGACCAAAAACUCCUUUAUCUGAAGAAAUUCAGCCUGUCAAUCAGGCACUCAGAGAGGAAAAGCAUUCGGAAAACAAAUCUUUACCUCUGUCGAUGGAUGAAGGAUUUGAAGACGCUCGGUCUGGAGAUUUUGCAAAAUCACCUCCUAUUUUUCAAAUCUCUGAAUCUUCCAAAAUAACUAAACCGUACAAGGAGAAAAAAAAAACAAAGAAAGUCUUAAGCAGAGGAGAGGAAUUAAUGACUAUGAUAAAAUUGGAUAUUGUGGAAUGGACCUUAUAUGAAAGUGCGCCAAUUGCUUAUGACGAAUUCAUUAGAAAUUAUGGAAAAUUAAAUACACAACAGAUGUGGACUCAAACUAAUGACGAUAAUCCAGAAGAAGAAACACAAACGGAAUUUAUAGAAUCUUGUAACAAAUGGACUCAAUUUCCAAUAACGUGUAGACAAAAUUUAACUACCAGUGAAGAUAUAAAAUUGUUUAGAAAGGAACAAAUUGGCGUUGGAAGCGAUGAGGACGAUCCGGAUUUAACUGUUGUUCCAUCAUACGAUAUUUUGCAGUUAAAUGAAUUUUUAGAAAGAGCCGGAAAAGUUAUGCUUUGUCUAUUAGAAGAAAGACGAUUUGGUGGCAACAUUCUUCAAAAAGACAAUCAUGAUAUGCCUUUUAGUGACGGUUGCAUAAAACUUUCGGUAAAUUCUCUGACUUUUUUGUCAGGCAGACCUGUGACUUCCAUUAUUUAUUCAGAAGUAUUAAAUAAACUUCUUCUCACGAUUCACGCUCCAGGAGACGAGAAUAUUGAAACAUCAAACAAGCAAGAUUACAUAACCGAUUGUUGUAUUGGAUGCGUUUGGAAUAUUUCCGAGCCGUCAAGGCCUACGAAAAUAAUUUAUUCACAAAGUCCAAUAACUACAUGUUGUUUUCAUCCAACUAGUUAUAAUAUCGUUUUUGCAGGCUUGCAAGAUGGUUCGAUUAACAUUUGGGAUUUGAAAGAAGAUGAAAUGUGGCAUCAAAAAGUGACGGACAAGGAUAAUGAAAUGGAUUGGGUAAUACGAUCACCAACUUACACAUCAACAGGAAAUUAUGAAAUUGACGGACAUAAGUCUGAAGUCGUGGCCUUACGUAUUUUAUCAAAAGUAGAAAAAGAAGUUGUUAAUAAUAAGUUUUUACCAAUUCAAAUUUGUAGUUUAGACGAAAAUGGUAGUUUAAUAAUAUGGAGCGUUUUACAUGUGAUGACAAAAAAUACUGGAGAUUUUGGAGUAUCGCACUGGGGCGAUAUCAAACUCACAAAAAGCCAAGAAGUGCCUUUAUCUUUUAAGAAAAGUGAGAUGGAGAAUCACUUAAGAAGAUUUUUCGACUUAACUGUAGAUAGUAUUAAUAAUAACGAUCUUUAUAUUUCUACGAAUUCAAAUACUAUUUUCCAUGCGAAUAGCGCGGGAGGUAAAACCAAUCCAUUUGGUUACAAAGAAGACGAAAUGGAUUGGUCUGGUAAUACAACUUGUAUAGAGAGAUGUCCUUUCAAGCAAUCCUUUUUCUUGGUAGGUUGUGAUAAUGGUGCAGUACGCCUUCAUUCAUUGAAUGUGGAAAAAUCUCUUUUACAAUUGAAAAAUGAAAACUAUACCUCGGCCGUUAAAGCAAUACAAUGGUCGAAAUCAAAGCCAUUUACGUUGUUUGUUCUUGACGUUAAUUCAAAAUUAUAUGUUUGGGAUUUAAACAACAGUGAUAUUUUUCCUGCUCAUUCUAUAUCGACUAAAAGUUGGGGUCAUGUGAAAUGCAUUCAAUUGUCUCCCUGCAAUUCUAUCCACGAUUUGGCUAAUCAGUAUUUGGCAAUUGGAACUGAAACGGGAAAUGUUGAAGUUCACAAGUUAAACAAAGAAUUCUACUAUUCACGUAAAGAAGAAUUUUACGAGGAAAUGAAUACAUUUUUACGAUACGUCACAAUUUUAUAAAAACGAAUUUUCUAAUGAUUCACGUGUUCCAAACUAACAAUAAUAUCAGUAAAAAAAAUUACAAAUAUUUAAGUCGUAAAACGCUAAGUUUUCCAAAGACUGUUAUAUUGUUAAUAUUAUUCUAUAGUAGUUUUUUUAAUCACUGUUGCAAUUUUCAUUGAUUUCUAGUCAAAAUAAUAUUUACUAUAUUGAGAGA